AUGGUGAACUUGACGGAAGACGGAAACGUCACUGUGAUGAAGACACUGCUUUCUGCAAACGUUCGUGUAGGUUUAUACAUUGCGAUAGCAGCUGUAAAUAUUGUUUUCUCCAUCACGGCAUUUCUGGGCAACAUUCUGAUCCUGAUUGCUUUUCGUAAAGUGAUUUCUAUUCAUCCGCCGACAAAGCUGUUGUUUCAAUGCUUGGCCAUCACUGAUCUUGGCGUUGGUCUCAUUUCCCAGCCACUCAUGGCCACCCUGAUACUCCUGGUUGAUAAUAUUGACAUCAAAAUUUUGAAUAUCAUGUUUUCCCAUCUAUUCUCGUCUUUAUCCCUUACUUUUUGUGGAGUAUCAGUUUUUACAUCAACUGCCCUGAGUGUGGAUAGACUUCUCGCCCUGUUUUGGGGGUUGAGGUACAGA